UGCACCCAAAUCAGGAAAUUCUCUCUGUUUUCGGUUCUGGGAUUUUGAUACAACAAAUCAAACUAUCAAACCCAUGAAUCUUUCUCCUUAAUUUCACUGAAAUUGAAAUCUUCAUGAACUUUCUUUAAAUUUCUUGUAUCCGAAUCAGGAAACCCCUCUGUUUUUGCUUCUGGGGUUUUGAUUUUCUUGAUCUUUAUCAACACAAGGAAAAAGAAAUGUUGGGUGUAUCUGCAAUGGGAGGACUGGUUCUCAUCUCGUUGUCACUCUGUUUGAUUUCUGGAGAAGCUGUUGACCUUUCAGAGAAGAGUCAACUUCUGGAGUUAAAGAACGCCAUUGUUGACCCUCACAACCUGCUCUCAACCUGGAAAUCCACAAACCCAAAUCACUGUUCUUGGUUCGGAAUCACGUGCAACUUACAUGGCAGGGUUUCUGAAUUGAGGCUGCCAGGAGGUAAUUUUGCUAAAUCUGGUUCUUGUUUCAGUAGCAAGUAUUCUGAUCUUGCAUUGCAUGGUUUUGGGAUUGUUAGGGAUUGUUCUUCGUUCAAGAAAGGGAAAUCUUUGGGUGGGAAAUUGUCGAAUGUAAUUGGGAAAUUUUCAGAACUUAUGGUUCUUUCACUUCCAUUUAAUCAAAUUGGGGGUGAAUUGCCUACUGGGAUUUGGGGGUUAAAGAAUCUUGAAGUAAUUGACGUUGAAGGGAAUUCGAUGACUGCAAAUUUAUCUAUGAUUGAUUUCACCCAUUUGAAGAAUUUGAAAGUUCUUAAUCUAGGGUUCAAUAGAUUAUUUGGGGAAAUCCCUAAUUCACUUUCAGACUGCCAAGAUUUAAGCGUCUUGAAUCUUGCUGGAAACCGAAUCGAAGGGAUUGUUCCUGCUUUUCUUGGUAAUUUUGUGAAAUUAAAAGGUAUCAAUCUGUCGUUAAAUCGAUUUAUGGGAUCAUUAAUGGAUGGAUUUUGGAGUAAUUGUCAUGUUCUUGAGCAUGUUGAUCUUUCCAGCAAUUUCUUGAAUGGUAAGAUCCCGAAAAGCUUCGGAAACUGCAGCAAGUUGAGAACAAUGUUGCUCUUUUCAAAUAGUUUUUCAGGUAAUCUUCCUUUCGAGCUUGGAAACCUUCGAAUGCUCGAGAUUCUAGAUGUUUCUAGAAACAACCUAGGCGGCAUCAUCCCCACGAGCAUCGGGAACUGUUUGAAUUUAUCGAUUCUUGUUUUAUCAACCGACUUCAGUGAUCAUCAUCGAGACGGUUCGAUCAAAGAUGGUAACUUUUUUGAAAGCUCAGUUCCUCUGCAAGUCGCGAUGCUACCAAAUUUGAAGCUAAUUUGGGCACCAAAUGCAAAUCUUGAUGGCGAGUUUCCAAGGAACUGGGGUGAUUGUCAAGCUUUAAGAAUGGUGAAUCUUGCUGGUAAUCAUUUGAAAGGAGAAAUCUCAGGUGUUUUUGAGAAUUGCCCAAAUCUGCGUUUUCUGAAUGUGAGCUCUAAUAGGAUCAGUGGAGUUCUUGAUGAAAAACUUCAUCUUGGAAGUAUGACAAUGUUUGAUGUUAGCAGAAAUCUCAUGUUUGGAUCCAUUCCCGAAUUCACGAUCGCCCCUUUUUGUGGUUUGAACUCUCUGCAUCGAUUUGAUCAUGAAACUGUGUAUCUAUCCUAUUUUGCUCAUAAAUCUCGGCUAGAAAACCAUCUUCCGUUUUCCCGAUUUACGCGUGCCAUGAUCCAUGAUUUUAGUGACAAUAAUUUCACAGGCUCAAUCCCACUGUUUCCUAUGAUAUCUGAAUUCACAUCACUCGGUAGAACAGGGAUUGAUUAUGCAUUCCUAGCCGGUGGAAACAUGCUUUCUGGGGGUUUAUUUCACGGAAAUCUGUCAAAAAUCUGCAACAAUUUGAACGGGCUUUUCAUAAAUGUGAGCAACAACAUCAUAUCGGGUGAAAUUCCGACGAAUGUUGGUGUAAAUUGGAAAUGUCUCAAGUUCUUGGAUGCAUCGAAGAACCAGAUUUCUGGUCAGAUUCCUGUGAGUCUUGUUAAUCUUAGAAACCUAACGGUUCUUCUUCUCAACAACAACCAGUUAUCUGGGGAAGUACCUUUGGGUCGUUUGGAUUUGAAAUCCGGUUUUAAGUUCAACUUCUCGUUCAAUAACUUAUCAGGAUCGAUAGCCAUGGAUCGUGAUGCAAUAAACUGUAACCGCUUGAUCGGUAACCCGUUACUUCGUCGUUGCCAAUUUGUUAGUUUGUCAUCUGUGCCAACACAAGAACCAUGGGCCGUGGGUCUCGAGUCACUAAACAGUACGGUUUCAUCGAAUUCUAAUGGAGGGAAAAAGGGUAUGAGUUCUUUUGAGCUCGUAUUGAUUAUAGUUCCAUCAGUUAUCGUCAUCAUUCUCAUUGCGCUCAUUAUCGUGUAUCUUUACCUGAGGAAGCGGAAACCAAACUCGGCGGUUUCUGGAAGCUCGGCGGCUGCCGGAAUGUCAUCCCGCCCCCCGCCGCCUCCUCGGUCUUCUGGUCAACCGGAACCACUGGUGGUUUUCAAGGAGAUAGGGGUAGAAUUGACAUUAGACAGUGUCGUUCAAGCCACCGGCAACUUUACCUCAAGAAACUGUAUCGGGAGUGGCGGUUUCGGAUCGACUUACCGGGCCGAAAUCUCUCCGGGAACCACUGUUGCCGUAAAGAGGCUCACAAUUGAAAUGUGCCAAGGGCUUCCGCAAUUCAAUGCGGAAAUCCGGAGUCUUGGAAGGAUCCGACAUCCGAACCUUGUAACGUUGAUCGGGUAUUACGCUAGUUCGUCGGAAAUGUUUCUUGUUUACAACUAUCUCGCCGGUGGUAACUUAGAAAAGUUUAUUCUAGAAAGAUCCAUUCGGGUUAUCGGAUUCAAGAUUCUUCACAAAAUUGCCCUAGAUGUCGCCAACGCCCUUUAUUUCCUUCACGAUCAAUGUAAGCCUCGGAUCCUCCAUCGAGACGUUAAGCCGAGCAACAUCCUGUUAGACGAAGAUUUCAACGCUUACUUGUCGGAUUUCGGGUUAGCUCGUCUUCUGGACGAUUUCGAGACUCACGUGACCACCGGUGUCGCCGGAACGUUCGGCUAUGUGGCGCCGGAAUACGCAUUGACGUGUCACGCCUCCGAGAAGGCGGAUGUGUACAGCUACGGAGUAAUGCUUCUCGAGCUAAUUUCCGACAAAAGAGCUUUGGAUUCGUCGUUUUCAAGUCAGGAGAACGGUUACACCAUCGUGUCGUGGGCGGUAAUGCUCCGGCAAGAGGGGCGGGCGCAGGAGGUUUUUGCGGCCGGAUUAUGGGAGGCGGGUGCGGAGGAUAUUCUUGUGGAGUUGCUGCAUCUGGGGCUGCAGUGCACGGCGGAGUCGGUCGCCAUGAGACCAACCAUGAGGCAAGUUGUUAGGAAACUGAAGCAAAUUCAACCUGCUUCCGAGUGUUGACUUUCGUUGACUAGCGAUUUCUGUAAUUAUCUUGAAUUUUGGCAUGCGAAGUCAACUAUGAAUC